AUGGAUAAUGAGCCGAUGACAUCACUUCCUCUUCAUGACGCAAUCAAACCUUUGGAAUGGUUACUCGGCUCUUGGUAUUCCACAAAUGGAGAAGGUGGUUUCCCAACGAUUUCAACAUUCAAAUAUGGAGAGAAGUUACAAUUUCACCAUGUCGGACAACCCAACAUUCAGUUCAGUGCUUAUGCAUGGCAUUUGGAAUCAAAGAAACCACUUCAUCGUGAACUUGGAUUUAUUCGAAUAAAACCAGGAACGAAUGAAGUUGCCUGGCUUGGAGCACAGAAUCUUGGUUUGGUAGAAAUUGAAGAAGGAAUGGUUACGGGCAAGACAAUGCAUUUAGAAUCUCAUACAAUUGGCCGAUUAACAUUUGCCAGAGAACCAAUCACAAAAAAGAUAGUCCGAAAAUUUUCAAGAGUUGGUGACACAUUGGAACAAACUGUUUAUAUGCGGACCAGCAACACAGAAGAAAUGACUAAACACCUACAAAUUUCUUACCAAAAAUUAUAA